UCAGGUGAAAGAUCUCUUUCAUUCUUUGGCAGUAGAAUACGGUGUUCUGGAACUCGACAAGACUGAUGAAGGUCCCAGUAUCCAGGAAGUAUUAGCAGAAUUCACGGGCCAAAAGACUGUCCCCAAUGUGUUUGUAAAUGGAACACAUGUGGGUGGAUGUGACCAGACUUUUCAGGCCUACCAUAGCGGCUUGUUACAGAAGCUUUUAGGGGACAGCAAAGGUGAAGAGUUGGAAGCCUACGAUUAUGACCUAAUUGUUAUUGGUGGUGGUUCUGGUGGACUCUCAUGCUCUAAGGAAGCUGCCACGUUAGGGAAGAAAGUCAUGGUGCUAGACUAUGUUGUACCUACACCAUUGGGCACUACAUGGGGACUUGGUGGCACUUGUGUAAAUGUUGGCUGCAUUCCUAAGAAGCUGAUGCAUCAAGCAGCCCUUUUAGGCCAGGCAUUGCAAGAUUCAAGGAAGUUUGGCUGGGAAUAUGAUGAGCAAGUUAAACACAACUGGCAGACGAUGGUUGAAGCAAUACAGAAUUAUAUAGGAUCUUUGAACUGGGGUUAUCGGGUGGCCUUGCGUGAAAAAACUGUGACAUACCUCAAUGCCUACGCAGAGUUUAUUGGGCCUCACAAGAUUAAGGCAACUAAUAGAAAAGGGCAAGAAACUUUCUACACAGCUCAGUCAUUUGUUAUUGCCACAGGAGAAAGACCUCGAUAUUUAGGUAUACCAGGAGAUAAAGAAUACUGUAUUACAAGUGACGACCUCUUCUCACUGCCCUAUUGCCCUGGGAAGACUUUGGUUGUGGGAGCAUCUUAUGUAGCUCUGGAAUGUGCAGGAUUUCUUGCGGGUCUUGGUUUGGACGUUACUGUCAUGGUACGCUCUAUCCUUCUCCGUGGCUUUGAUCAAGAAAUGGCCGAAAAAGCAGGUGCAUAUAUGGAAAACCAUGGUGUAAAAUUCAUUAGGCAGUUUGUUCCCAUUGAGGUUGUAAAGUUGGAGGAUGGCAUGCCUGGAAGACUCAGAGUGAUAGCAAAAGCAACGGGAGGAUCAGAAAUGAUUGAAGGAGAAUACAAUACUGUUUUGAUAGCUAUUGGUCGUGACGCUUGUACUAAAAACAUUGGCUUGGAGAAAAUUGGUGUGCAGAUUAAUGAAAAGAAUGGGAAAAUACCUGCGAAUGAUGAAGAACAGACCAAUGUGCCUUACGUCUAUGCUAUUGGAGAUGUUUUAGAAGGAAAGCCUGAACUUACUCCAGUUGCUAUACAGGCAGGCAAGCUAUUAGCACGCAGGCUUUUUGGAGGGAGCUCCAUCAAGUGUGACUACAUAAAUGUGCCAACUACAGUGUUCACACCUCUGGAAUAUGGCUGUUGUGGGUUAUCAGAAGAACAAGCCUUAGAACAAUUUGGACAAGACAACAUAGAGGUAUAUCAUACUUUGUUUUGGCCACUUGAAUGGACAAUACCCAAUAGAGACAACAAUACAUCUUAUGCAAAAGUAAUCUGCAACAAACUUGACAAUAACCGUGUUUUAGGUCUUCAUGUUCUUGGACCUAAUGCUGGAGAAAUUACCCAAGGUUUUGGGGCAGCAAUGAAAUGUGGUCUCACAAAGGAAUUACUCAAUGAAACUAUCGGUAUACAUCCAACUUGUGCAGAGGUUUUCACUACAAUGGAUAUUACAAAGGCUUCAGGAAAAGAUAUCACUCAGUCUGGCUGCUGAGGUUAAACCCUGCUGUUUAAACUGUUUCUUCUUGGCUCCACUUACCGAUACUGAAGGUUUUAAGAAGCAUACAAACAUACACGGGUAUAUGAAUAGCAUCUGAGCAGUAUAUGGCUACUACAGAUUGUGCAUUUCUUAAACUUUUAGUAGAGGUUGUGGUGUCUGUAGGAAAUAGUAAAACAGCAGGGUUAGCUUUAGUUCUGACUUGCUUAGAAUGGCACGCAAGUGUCUUUUUGAAGUUUUGGCUCUGAACCCCAUCUGGAGGCGAGUCAUAACAGAUUACUUCUAUGCAAAGUCAGGAAAGACUAUUCGUCCAGUCAAACACAUGGCAAUUCCUUCCAGAAGAACUUCUUGAGUUAAGUCGCACAAAUGAAGUUCCGUUUUCUUAGUUUCAGUACUUUUGUAUGAAUGUGUCAGGCACAGCUGAAUGUAUCAUAAAGUUAGUAGCUUCUGCUAGCAACUCCUCUUAAUUCAGCUGGUCAACUAGUGUAUUUUAUUUGCUGUUAAUAUGAACGAUAAAGUUUACAAUGUUUUUAAUUUAUCCCUGUUUAAAUCAAUCACAAAUUCAAAAACAUAUUUAUGAAUUUAAGACAUUGUGUCCCCUAAGCAUCACAGCAGAUAUGUUGAGUUCAUUUUGUUUUUGAUACAUAAUUGCUUUGUCACCAGGAUAAACAGAGUCAUUGAAGGCAUGCAGUUAGCUUUACAAAUUUUGUAGAACAGAAUAUUUUGACAGGGAAAAAAAUCCAAAAAUACAUGUUUUCUCCAUAAUAAACUCAUGAUACCUGAAUUACCAUCUUGAAUUGUUGUUCAAGGAAAGUAUUUCCAAUCUCAGUUGAAAUCUGUUCAUAUUGCUCCCAUUUAUGUAUUCACCAAAUAUUUUCAGCCAUAAAAUGAAAUACAUUUGGCCUAGAUUGCUUGUUUGCAAGUACUUUGCUUGAAAAAUGUUAAAACAGUUAACAUAUAUUGUGUUUUGUAAAAUUCCUGAUACCAUGACUCCCCCUUGGCAGUCCUCAGUUAUUUGGAAGAAGUUGGUGUUGAGUUUAGCUCAUUUUGUCUAAAUGUGUGUUUUGAAAUCCUUUAUUUCAAAAGCUGUAUCAUAUGAACAGUUUUUUUAAAACUAUUUAUGCCACAUCAUGGAAUUUAAAGUUCAAUAAAUGAGUAAUGUCA